AUGGAUCCAUUAGACGGACAAGACGUCUAUGCAGCGGAAAAAAUUCUGAAGUCUCGAACAAGGAAAGGGAAAACAGAAUAUCUGAUCAAAUGGAAAGGAUGGUCAAACCAGCAUAACACAUGGGAACCAUCAAGUAAUAUCUUGAACGAAAACCUGUUCACGGAAUCAGGUUUUUCUAUACCAAGCGAUUUCAAAGGUGGAACUCGGAAGGGAAACAGGAGGUCAAAUCGUGGAAGGAAGCGGAAAGUAAAAGAAAUUUCAGAUUCUGAUGAUUCAGAUGACGAUAAUCACAGUUAUGAUGAAGGUGCUAGUGAAAGUCAUUCAGAAGGCUCAGAAGUUUCACCAAAGUCAAGUAUUCAUUCAAGGCUCGGAACACCAAUACCAAGUGGACCUGUUGUAGAAAGCAGUAAAUCCUCAAAAACGCCUCGAAAACGAGGCCCAAAAAGUAAAAAGAUUUUAAGCGAUGUACCGAUGACUUCAAUCCCAGCUCCAAAAGUCAACGAAGUGAAGCAUAAUGAUGACAGUAAGUUAGACCCGAAAGAAGAAAAGCCGGAUGAAGAACAAGUAGCUGAAGAUUCUCUGGAGAUGGAAGUUGAGAAGGAGCUGGAUAAGAAAGAGGAAGCGAAAUUUAGGAUUCUACCGUCGGAGACGAUGUUGAAUUUACCAGGUGCUGACAAAGUUAGGAAGGAUUCUGCAUUAUCGGAAGCUGAAAUAUUCAGGACCAUCAAAGGUGAUGAAAGCAAAUUGGUUGAAGAGAAAAACGCAAAAAGAGAAGUUGAGAUAAAACUGAAGAAACCCGAAGUUUUCGAAGGUCGUUCUGGAUCAGUACAAGUCGUUUCUAAUGGACAAGAGCAGGUAAUUAAUAGGUUGGCAUUUGUUGUUGAAGGGACAUCUGGUUUGUCUCGUAGUUCAGAGCAGUUACAGUUACACGACUAUGGGGACAGUGAUGAGAGACGGAUUCGCGUAAUAGCUGAUCAGUUAAAAAAUGAAACUAAAAUUUGGACUGAUGCUAACAAUACGCGUUUCGAAAGUUUUCAAUACAAUGGUUCUCACACAAUCACCGAAGUAACAGUCAAUCAGCAUACUGUCCCAAUUAUUGAACUGUAA